AAAUAAAAAGCAUAGCUUGGAUCUACUAAGUCAUCAAGAACAGAUGAAAAGAUUCGGACAUCACCUUAAACUAUUGUUCAGUGAUAAGAAACCAUCACAAUCUCAGACAAAACAACUCUGCAGAGGUUUCUGUCAGGGGACUAAGGUUGUUUCUCCAAACCAAGAUGAUUUUGCUAUGAUUUCACCAAGAAUUAAACUCAGAUGGGAGGCACCUGGCUUAUCUUGAGAGGGGUUUCUAAGGAUGUGGCAAAGUACAAGAUCAUUAUUGUCCAUGGUUUUGGAAGCUCCAAAGAGAUGAACUUUCUCGCACCCCAAGAACUAAUAGAUGAACUAGGCAUAUAUCUGCUGAUCAGUUAGAGUUAGGACCACAGUUCUAUGUCAUUGGAGUCUCAAUGGGUUCAUAUGCUACAUGGAGUUGCCUUCAGUACUUACGCCACCGCAGCAGAGAAAGAAGAAGAACAACUCGAGCAUGGCACAAACGCUAGCGAUGCCUAUAGCUCCCUCUCUCGCCCUAAUCUCAAACUCCAGACCUCUUUCCAGAGCUGUCUAUUUCCCUGUUCUCAACCCUCCCAAGGUGAGAGAGUUAAGCAUAGAGUGCGCUCGAGUUGGCGGAGUGGAGAUUCCGAACAACAAGAGAAUUGAGUUCUCGCUACAGUACAUCCAUGGAAUCAGAAGGAGCAGAGCUCGCAAGAUUCUCUGCGAUAUAAGCAUGGACAACAAGGUCACUAAGGAUCUCAGCGAAGAGGAUCUCAUCACUCUUAGAGAUGAAGUCUCCAAAUACGUCAUUGAAGGCGAUUUGCAGCAGAGAAAGAAGAAGAACAACUCGAGCAUGGCACAAACGCUAGCGAUGCCUAUAGCUCCCUCUCUCGCCCUAAUCUCAAACCCUAGACCUCUUUCCAGAGCCGUCUAUUUCCCUGUUCUCAACCCUCCCAAGGUGAGAGGGUUAAGCAUAGAGUGCGCUCGAGUUGGCGGAGUGGAGAUUCCGAACAACAAGAAAAUUGAGUUCUCGCUACAGUACAUCCAUGGAAUCGGAAGGAGCAGAGCUCGCAAGAUUCUCUGCGAUAUAAGCAUGGACAACAAGGUCACUAAGGAUCUCAGCGAAGAGGAUCUCAUCACUCUUAGAGAUGAAGUCUCCAAAUACGUCAUUGAAGGCAAGUUGAGGAGGUUCAAUGCGCUGAAUAUAAGGAGAUUGAAGGAGAUUCAAUGUUACAGAGGAUAG